UUCCCAAACGCAACGUUGACACGAAACAAUGCAUUAGUGCAAUGCAACAACUUCAAACUGUUAGAAUUGAAAACUAGUACCCUACUAGUUAACGCUGUCUCUCCCAUUGUCUCUCUUCGUACCAUGAUUCCCUGAGAGAGAGAGAAAUCAUCAGGAAUUGGUUUUGGUUUUGGUUUUGGUUUUCUCGAGAAAAAUAAGCAUGUCUGACGCUUUGAUCAAUGGAUUGGCUGGCGCUGGAGGAGGGAUCAUUGCUCAACUUAUCACAUACCCUCUUCAGACGGUUAACACUCGUCAACAAACCGAUCGCGAUCCGAAGAAGAAUAAUAAGAGUCUUGGGACUUUCCAGCAAAUGUGUCAGGUUGUGAAGCAUGAGGGGUGGGAGCGAUUGUAUGGAGGUUUGACUCCAUCACUUGUGGGCACAGCUACAUCUCAGGGUGUUUACUAUUAUUUCUAUCAAAUAUUCAGGAACCGAGCUGAAACAGCUGCAUUAGAGAAGAAAAUGCUAGGCAACGGUGAUGGUUCAGUUGGAAUGUUCUCCUCACUUAUUGUUGCAGCUUUAUCUGGUUGUGUUAACGUGCUGCUGACAAAUCCGAUAUGGCUAGUUGUUACCCGCAUGCAGACACAUAAAAAAGAGUCGAAGAGAACUAUCCCGGAUCCGCGGCUGUCUGACGCCACUGAACAAAAACUGCUUUCUACUGUUGAGCCUCAUGCUUAUGGAACUAGCCAUGUGAUUCAAGAAGUUUACGAUGAAUCUGGAGUUUUGGGUUUCUGGAAGGGUGUAUUACCAACAUUGGUCAUGGUUAGCAAUCCUUCCAUACAGUUCAUGCUGUACGAAACCUUGUUGGCGAAGUUGAAAAAAAGAAGCGCUACCAACACCGUAUCUGCUCUACAGAUAUUUCUUCUUGGAGCCAUUGCUAAGCUCGGAGCUACCGUUGUAACCUAUCCUCUUCUUGUUGUGAAGGCAAGACUUCAAGCUAGACAGGUUAAAAAUGGAGACAAGAGACACCAUUAUAAAGGUACGAGGGACGCUAUUUUUAAGAUGAUCCGCUACGAAGGGAUCAACGGAUUUUACAAAGGAAUGGGAACCAAAAUUGUACAAAGUGUUCUAGCUGCAGCUGUUUUGUUUAUGGUGAAGGAAGAACUAGUUAAGCAGACACGUUUCUUGCUUGGAAAGAAUGUUCCCAACACUUUAAAGCCAUAGCUUGUGUGAUUGGCAAAUCACUUUUUUUUUUUUUUUUAAUUUUAAAUUUUCCUCAAAUUGGUAAUUCAGAACCAUCUUCAUUUGGCAUAUUUUUCAUUCUUAUCAUAGAAAAUAGAUUGUGGCAUUGGAAAGUUUGUAACUUUAUUAAUAGGAGAUUAAAACAUUGCUUUAAAGUUUAUUAUUUAUUAAAGACAUGCCUCUAAUUGAAAAUAAUUUGUUUAAACAAA